CGCAGGGAAUUAACCAAGGUGAGAGCUUCAAUUAUCGAAGCGACUGAAGAGCGCCACUUCGGUUCCUCACAACCCUGUACCAUCCAAGAGAUUCUUUCUCAAAGGCUACAGCAUAUAUAUAGACUCGAACAGUGGAAAAGAAAUCUUCCAUCAGCGAGUGCAUUGGCUACUUACGCAGAAAUGGUGACGUGGUCGCCACCAUCGUACAGUAACAACCGCUUCCGCACCCUGCUGACUAUCCAUUAUCAUGUCACCAUUCUACUCAUCAAUCGGCCAGUGCUAGAUUCGAUUACCGAACACGAGCUCGGACAAGACGCGUUCCAUCCAUGCACCGGUGAAAUCUCGAUAGCCGUGGAAAAUGACUUUGCAGCAGCGAAAGAACUCGACAACAUCGUAUCCUGCAUAGCCAAAACAUGCCCAGAGUAUUUGGACAACAAUACGGUCUGGUGGACCUGCAACUACUAUGUCUUCACGGCCGCUUUGCAUUUGUUUGCGAUACUUCUUGCGAGCUACCAACACAACUCCACCGUGCCAAACAGAUUGCCUGACUUGUUGGACAUUCGAAAAGCCGUGGCAUCAAGCUUGCAGACACUGGAAAGUAUUGACAGAGGCAGCCUGAUGAGCCGGAAAGGCCGGAAGUGUUUGGAGAGAUUUCUACAUGUACUCGAGACGGUUGCGCCACAUGCGGCAUCUGUGCCCAAUGACAUGUCAUUCAAUGAUACUACGCUUACAGGCGCGUUCGAUGAUAUGCUUGCACAGUUUGUCGCCGAACCCGCAUGCGACUUUGUUCUUCAAUCUAGUCAGCUAGGCUUUUUGGAUUCGGAUAUGGGGUUUCCGGACUCUGGUUUUGAUGGCCAGCAGCCCUUUUGA